AUGUACCGAGAACCAUUAUUGGUUAGCGGGAAGAUGGGUUCCGUCUUUGAGCUUUCUUCUAUCAUUACUGACACUCGUCUCGACUUUGGUGACGAGGUCAUGGAUUCUAAAGCAUAUCGAAGAGCUCUCAUGGAUUUGAGACACGCUCAAAAUCCCCCAGGUCAAGUCGAAGAUGAUCAAGAUCGGCCGGAUGGUCCUUGCAUUUUCAGGAGCAAGGCAGUCAACACGCCGACCAAGAAAGCCUGCUAUCUGCCACCGAGAAGAUCUUCAUCGGCCGAGAGGGUCCCCAACGUGAUGAGCGAGGACUGCACGACACGGAGAAAAGUGGAUACAUCAAGUUUUGCCACUUCUGUCUGGGCGUCCCCAUCAUUCUGGUCGGAUGCAUGA